AUGUCGGCAGGACAUCCGUAUCGCCGCCUGGAAGUGCCUGACGAAGUACCAUUCGAGUUAAAACCCUCGCCUGGCAAAGGAUGGGGUGCUUUUGCCACAAGACGCAUUGACCGAGGAUCUCUCAUCCUUAGCGAAAAGCCAACCUUCGUUAUCUGGAGGUCUCAUAGAGAAAUCACGGAUUAUCAUGUUAAUAUGGCGAUUCAACAACUGUUGCCUAGUCAGAGAGUACAAUUUUCACUCCUUCGCAACAAUGGGUCAAGCUGGUUUACAAGUAUGAAUGAAGCUUUCGCAGAGAACUCGUUCAACAUCGGAAGUUCAGACCGCAAUAAGGCCGAAGCUCAUGGCCUUUUCCCUCUUCACUCGCGCUUCAACCACUCUUGUAUACCGAACUCGAAGAUUCCAACGGUUAAUGGCGAGGUCAUUUCAAGCUUUGCGACCAGAGACAUAGAAGCUGGCGAGGAGAUCAAUUUCUGUUAUAAUAUGAAUUUCGAAGGAAAGACUAGAUAUGAGCGUCAUCAAGCCUUACGUUUUACCUGCGAUUGUGUGGCGUGUCGGCCUGGCACUCCCUUCCAAGAACUUAGCGACAUGCGACGGCGAUUGAUCCGAGGGCUUCAAUACCUUACGCGUGGCGUGGACUUGGAUGGGCAGGCUGAGGGUCCGCAUCCUAUUAUUGUCGACUCGACGCUGAAGUUUGUCGCAGAGACUUUCAGCAUACCUCUUUCCUCUAGAUUGAUUUAUACUCUUCUGACAAUUUUCUUUCUCGAAGAAGAGGGAUUGCUAGAUGAUUUUAUGGACGCAAGGUUAAGACCGACAUUAAUCAAAACGGCGCAAUUGUUCAAGUCUGAAAGCAAUAAAUGCAUUGUCAGACUAGCUAUGGAUCAGAAAACCUGGGUAAAGAAAUUGCAAGUGGCAUUCACACUAUAUGGCCGAGAAGAUGCUGCCGAUUAUGAAGUUGCCCUAGCGCUACGUCGAUUGCGCCCGUUGUUUUAA